AUGGCUAGAGCACGUAGAGGAGCAUUGCUGAAGUGUGAUCCAUCUAUCAAGGCAUUAAUUGUCCAGAUCGACAGGAGCAGACAUGAUAUCAUUUUGGAGGAACUGGACGACACUCAUCUGUUGGUGGACCCUUCCAAAGUAGAGUUCAUCAAAGGAGAAUUGAACAGGAUGCUAUCUCAAAAUAUCUAUGAUCCAUUAGACGAUGAAGAAAAUCAAUAG